UCUCUUUCGACCUUUCUUUAAUAAAUGGAAAACACAGCCAAUGGCAAACGCGCUAACAGCCCCUUUAUAUACCGCUGCGUCCCCACACUUCCAUCUCAUCCAUUCCGUUUCUUCAAUCUCGUCCCGAAAACCCGAAAAGAAAGACAGCGAUCCCUACCGCUUUCCGCUUCUCUCUCCUCCUUUCUCAAGAGUUUCCUGUUGACCAGUUUUGAUUCAGAUAUCCUUCUCCAUACGAGUGCGUUAUCUAUGGAACAUAACUCCUUUGAGCCUGAGCUACACUUCGAAUCUACUGGAGAUGUUUCUUUUCCCCAGAAAUGGAAAUCUAUGUCAGCCCCAACAACAGACACAGUCAAUGAAGAUGGCUGCUUUGGCUGUAACAUUUGCUUAGAGCCAGCACAAGAACCUGUGGUCACCCUCUGCGGUCACUUGUACUGCUGGCCUUGCAUUUACAAGUGGAUUAAUGUACAAAUCUCCUCAGACGAACCAGAGCAUCAACAACCGAAAUGCCCUGUUUGUAAAGCUAACAUAUCACAGAAUUUGUUGGUCCCCCUCUAUGGUCGUGGCACAUCCUCUUCCGAUUCCAAUGUCAAGAAAUCCAAUUUGGGUCCUGUCAUUCCCCGCCGGCCACCUCCUUGUGGGUUGCACAACCUCAUUUCUUCGACGCAACAACGUCCAAAUGGAUCAGCUUAUAUUGGGGAUACAGCAAUGGUUAAUCCGGCUAUUGGGAUGUUUGGAAUUGGGGAGAGGGUCUAUGCGAGGAUUUUUGGGAGCACAAAUACAAGCUUGUACGCCUGCCCUCUCACAGAGAUUAGCAGCCCCAGGAUGAGAAGGCAGGAAAUGAAGUUUGACAAGUCUCUUAACAGAGUCUCCAUUUUUCUGUUCUGUUGCAUUAUCUUGUGUCUUCUCCUUUUCUGAUCAUGUUCCUUUCUGGGGUUCACUUUUGUAUAGUUCUGGGUGGAAUUAUGAAAUUUUAGUACAUAAGAGUAGAAGAAGAUAUACAUGAUCCUCGUAUAGAUUUUGCAACAAUACCACUUGUCAUAAUUUUUUUUGGGUGUGUACAUAAUUUGAUAUUUUUUGGUUGGAUUUAUGAUAAGUUCUUGAUAUUGAUGUUA